AUGCUGCGGGACGCGGACGCCAGCCAGCGCGCGCUCUGCGUCGCCGCCAUGCUCGUCCUGAUGGCGGGCUUCUUCUCGACGGCUCUGAGAUUGCUGAUUCGGGGCUGCUGCCCUGGAGAAUGCGUAAGCUUGGCCUAAGCACCUCCCCGCAUCACGCCAGUCCCGCCCGAUCGGAUCGCGGUGAUGGCAAACUAUCCGCCCGGGGUCCCUAACCUCCCUCGAGGCCACGGUGGCCGUCCUGGCCGCCCUGGCCGUCCAGCCCUAGCCGUCCAGCCCUGGCCGUCCAGGCCGCCCUCGCCCCAUUCCUCUGAUAAAUGUCCGCCUUGGCCUUGUUGGCCUUGUCAGGUGCCGCCCGGGCGGGGCUGCUGCUGCGUCCACCGCCACCACCACGGCGACUCGAGCGCCGCGUCCAGCGAGGAGGACGCCGUCGGCAGCGGCGACGCCAGGAUCCAGCGCUGCGUUCGCACCUCGGCGCCGAACCUGCUCGUCGAGGGCACGUACGCGCACCUGGCCAAGGUGGAUGCCUGCGCCGCCCGCGGAAUGGACGCCAUCGCAGCGGGAACGCCACCGCCAGUCGCCGCGGACGUCGUGGCGGCGUGCGUCGACGGAGAGUCGUUCCCUGACUCCGUCCUGCCCUUCGUCGCGGACUUCAAGGACUGCGUGAAGCGGGGCCUCACCUGAGUCUGUGACCAAGCCAAUGAGCCAAUGACGAAUACAUUUCUCGAAAAGCGA